AUGCAAAAAACGGACGCAAUUACACGUAGGAAAUGGAAUGAAUCGCGUAACUUCGACACAUUACCCAGUUGGGAGGAUUGCUCAAAAUUGUUGGAUAGGCAUUGCCAGUUUCUCGAAUCACUCGACAGUGGAAACGGCAAUCAGUCAUCACCACAACGUAAACCUAAUAAUCUUAACUCCAAGACUAACAGACGCUCAAAACAAUACGCAUUUGUUGCAUCUACAUCCAGCAAUUCUUGCUCAAUUUGUUCUAGCAAUGAACACCUAAUACAGAAUUGUCAUCGUUUUAAGGCACUGGAGGUGGUUCAAAGGUUUGAAAAGGUGAAGGGCCUUAAACUCUGCAUAAACUGCUUAUCGCGACGCCAUCAUGUGGUUAAUUGCACAUCAACGUUUAAAUGUAAGGUUUGCGCAAAGCCACAUCACACUCUCUUGCAUCAUUCGCAAUUACCAACGAAUAUUAAGAGCGCCGGAUCAUCACGACGCACAGAACACGCCGCUAUGCCCAACGACAAUGUUGCCAGCCAUUCCCAUCUUAACAUGUCAUCGGCCGAGCAAAUAAUUCUAGCCACUGCAUUGGUUUUAGUGAAGAACUCAUCGGGAAGUUAUCAAGUGGGUAGAGCCUUACUUGAUUCAUGCUCUCAGGUCAACUUCAUAACGAAGGAGUUUUCAAAGAAGCUUAAUUUAUCAAAACAUAAACAUCGGCUGCAUGUUUCCAGUAUUGGUAGUUCGUUGACCAAUAUAAGGUAUCAGACGCUCACAUCAAUCAAAUCUCGUCAUUCAAAUUUUGAACUUGCUUUAGACUUUGGUAUUACGAAUCACAUCGCAUAUCAACCAAGUUCUGAAAUCGAUAAGUUGUGGAAGGUUCCACCAAAUACACCUCUCGCCGAUGAGCAAUUUUUUAAAUCCAAGCGCGUUGACCUUUUGCUUGGAGCUGAAAGUUUCUUUGACAUUUUGUCUGUCGGUCAAAUCAAACUAGGUGAAAAUCUUCCAGUACUUCAAAAAACACUAUUAGGAUGGAUCGUAUCUGGGAAGUACAAGGAACGGCGCUUGUCAUCUAAUCGUGCACUAAAGCAAGAUUAUCAAGAAUUCAUGAAACAAUAUCGAGAGCUCGGACACAUGACGCGUGUUGAGACUCCGAAAACCAACGAACCACAUUAUUAUAUCCCUCAUCAUUGUGUUUUAAAACCGUCGAGCACAUCGACCAAGCUGAGGGUGGUUUUUGAUGCGUCAUGUCCAACAACAUCGCAACGUUCAUUAAAUGAUAUUCUACUGGUCGGCCCGACAAUUCAGCCGGAGUUAUACUUGUUGCUACUUCAAUUUCGUUUGCACCGAUAUGCCUUGACGGCUGACAUUGUUAAGAUGUACCGACAGAUACUGAUAGAUGAACCAGAUCGAAAAUUCCAAUAUAUUUUUUGGCGAGAUACGGAGUCCGAUCCUGUUAGUACUUACGAGUUGAAUACAGUCACUUAUGGUACUGCAUCAGCACCUUUCUUAGCAACCAGGAGUUUGCAGUAUUUGGCGGACAAAUUUGAAACACAAUACCCAAUAGGCGCUGCACUCAUUAAAUCAUCGUUCUUUGUCGACGACUUCUUAGGUGGAGCGGAUUCCAUUGAUCAACUCACCAAUAUCAGACAUCAGUUAACGGCCAUUCUACAGAAGGGUUGCUUCGAUCUUGACAAAUGGCAUUCAAACCAUCAUGACUUCAUCAGCGAUACUACAACAAAGAGUUUAAAUCUUGAUACAGAUACAGUCACCAGCGCCCUAGGCAUCAAGUGGCACCAAAUGCAAGAUGUUUUCCUAUUUUCGUUCAAUGCGCAACCAGGUCAUAUUGUAACAAAACGCACCAUUUUAUCCCUUGCGUCUUUCAUAUUCGACCCGCUUGGAUUACUAGCACCGAUCAUACUCGUAGCAAAAAUUAUGAUGCAAGAAUUGUGGCUGUUGCGUGUGGACUGGGACGAGUCAGUCCCUCAAAAUCUUCACUCAGCUUGGAAAACAUUUAUUCAAGAUCUUACAACGCUUUCAUCGAUUAAGGUGCCGAGAUACUGCCUAUCCAUAAACUAUCAACAGGUUGAUGUACACGGUUUCUGUGACGCUUCAAUACGCGCAUAUGGUUGCUGCAUAUUUCUCCGAUCACAAAACACAUCAGGUAAGGUGACGGUCAGGCUAUUCACUGCAAAAUCCCGUGUGGCACCUAUAAAGCGGAAGUCGCUACCUAAACUAGAACUCUGUGGUGCCUUACUUCUUGCCAAACUGUAUCAGAAGGUCCAACCAAUAUUUGCGCAAUUUAAAGGUGAAACGUUUUUUUGGACUGAUUCACAGAUUGUAUUACAUUGGUUGAAGCAGCACUCAUCAACCCUGUCUGCAUUCGUUGGCAAUCGAGUAGCGGAAAUUCAAGAUAUUACCGCAAAUGGGCAAUGGAGACACGUUCCUACCCAAUCCAAUCCGGCAGAUGUUGUGUCGCGCGGCUGUAACAUCCGCCAAUUAACAGAGUCCUGUUGGUUCACGGGGCCGGAAUUUUUGUUACUCGCUGAUAAAUACUGGCCGCAUUUGAAAUGUCACAACCUGGAUAUGGAAGAAGUCAAUAAAGAGACGCGAAAGGUUGUAUUUGUUAACACAAAUGAAGACAACUACGUAUUACAGGUAUUGUCAAGAUAUAGUUCAUACACUAAGAUACUACGAGUAAUAGCGCAGGUACAGCGAUUCUAUCAUGUAACCAAGAAUAAAGUGAAGAACGGAGAAUGUACCCUCCAACCUAUUCAGCUACAAAAGGCAUUGCACUGUAUAAUUUGGGUCAUCCAACAGCAAUUCUUCGAAAUUGAUAUACAACGCCUACAACGAGGGAACCCAGCCGAAGGUACAUUAAAGCAUCUAAAUCCCUUCCUGGACAAUGUAUUCGGUUAUCAAUUACUAAAGGUGGGAGGUCGCCUCGAGCUGAGUGACAUCUCAGUAGGCCAACGUCACCCUAUUUUGUUGCCGAAGGGCUGUUAUUUUGUGGAACUUUAUGUUCGGCAUGUACACUUGUGCAACUAUCAUGCAGGCGCAAAGGCACUAAUUGCCCUUACUCGACUAAACUUCUGGAUAAUUAAUAUUCGAGAAAUUGCACGCCGAGUCGUGCACUCGUGUAUUCACUGCGUGCGUUAUAAACCCAAACUACUUAAUCAAAUGAUGGGUAAUCUCCCAAUCGAACGCCUCACUCCAAGUCGUCCAUUCGCGCGUACUGCGGUAGAUUUUUGCGGUCCUAUAUUAACGUAUCUCCGAAUUCGGGGACGGGUUCCAUAUAAGACCUAUAUAGCCGUGUUCGUUUGUUUGUCUACAAAGGCAGCUCAUCUCGAAGCCGUGUCAGACUUAUCUACGGAGGCAUUUAUUGCAGCACUGAAAAGGUUAAUCGGUAGACGAGGGUUACCAUCAGACAUCUAUUGCGAUAACGCUACAAACUUCGUUGGGGCUAACAACAAACUAGCAGAGUUAAAAAGGAUGUUUUUCGAGAAGUCUAAUCAAGUGAUGCUGCAGACCUUUUGCAGCAACCAAUUCAUAAAUUUCAAUUUUAUACCGCCCCGAGCACCUCACUUUGGAGGUCUAUGGGAAGCGGCUGUAAAAAGCGCGAAAGGCCAUCUGUAUCGAACACUAUCAAAUACUCGAUUCACCUUUGAGGAGCUUGGAACAGCACUGAUUGAAAUCGAAGCCAUCUUAAAUUCGCGACCAAUCACACCUCAUUCUUGUGACCCGAGCGAUUACGAAGCGCUAACGCCGGCACAUUUUCUUAUCGGUGGGCCGCUCAAAACUUUAUCUGAACCAAGUCCUCAGUAUGAAGCUGCUUCAUUAAUUGAUAAAUGGUCUCGUAUAACCGCAGUCAAACAUCACUUCUGGCGCAGAUGGUCUAGAGACUAUCUGAAUGAGCUGCAGAUACGCACCAAAUGGACAGAAGAACAAUCUAACAUCACCGAGGGGGCUCUGGUUCUAAUCCAAGAAGACAAUAUGCCUCCACAACGCUGGUUGAUGGGCCGAAUCGUGCAUUGCAUCAGGGGUCCAGAUAAUUUGGUUCGUGUUGUUGAUGUGCAAACCCCAAAAGGAGUAAUACGCCGUCCAAUCCACAAACUCGCACUGUUACCAAUUGAAAAUCCUUUCAAGGGGGGCGGAAUGCCUACAUUACAUAUGUAG